CUGGGUCAGCAGGAACGGCAGUACAGGCCACCCUUCCCCAGGGCCUCAGAAUGGACCUCUGCCACCCAGACCCAGCAGAGCUGAGCAGCGGGGAGACAGAGGAGCUGCAGCGGAUCAAGUGGCACCGGAAGCAGCUUCUGGAAGACAUCCAGAAGCUGAAAGACGAGAUCGCAGAUGUGUUUGCCCAGAUUGACUGCUUCGAGACCGCGGAGGAGAGCCGGUUGGUGCAGAAGGAGAAGGAGCUAUGCAUCGGGCGUAAGAAGUUCAAUAUGGACCCCAUGAAGGGCAUCCAGUAUCUCACUGAGCGCAAAUUGCUGACCCCCAAUGUCCAGGACAUCGCCCAGUUCCUGUACAAGGGCGAGGGCCUCAACAAGACGGCCAUUGGCACCUACCUGGGGGAGAGGGAUCCCUUCAACCUGCAGGUCCUCCACGCCUUCGUGGACUGCCACGAAUUUGCCAACCUCAACCUCGUGCAGGCCCUCAGACAGUUCCUGUGGAGCUUCCGGCUGCCAGGCGAGGCCCAGAAGAUUGACCGGAUGAUGGAGACGUUUGCCACCCGAUACUGCCUCUGCAACCCAGGCGUCUUCCAGUCCACAGACACCUGCUACGUCCUGUCCUUCUCCAUCAUCAUGCUCAACACCAGCCUCCACAAUCCCAAUGUCCGGGACAGGCCGCCCUUCGAGCGCUUCGUGUCCAUGAACCGAGGCAUCAAUGGUGGCGGUGACCUGCCUGAGGAGCAGCUGCGGAAUCUCUUUGACAGCAUCAAGAGCGAACCCUUCUCCAUCCCAGAGGAUGACGGCAAUGACCUCACUCACACCUUCUUCAACCCCGACCGCGAGGGCUGGCUGCUCAAACUGGGUGGGGGCCGCGUGAAGACGUGGAAACGCCGCUGGUUCAUCCUGACUGACAACUGUCUCUACUACUUCGAAUUCACCACUGACAAGGAGCCACGGGGAAUCAUACCGCUGGAGAACCUCUCUGUGCAGAAGGUGGACGACCCCAAGAAGCCAUUCUGCCUGGAGCUCUACAACCCCAGCUGCCGGGGCCAGAAGAUCAAGGCGUGUAAGACGGACGGCGAGGGCAAGGUGGUGGAGGGCAAGCACGAGUCUUAUCGCAUCUCUGCGUCCAGCGCCGACGAGCGCGACCAGUGGAUCGAGGCCAUCCGAGCCAGCAUCACCCGUGUCCCCUUCUACGACCUGGUCUCUGCUCGGAAGAAGAAGAUUGCCAACAAGCACUGAGCUUCCUGAGAGGUGGUGCCGGGGGGUCCAGGGGUCACGGGAACCCCAUGACCUGUGGUACCUGGAGACUUAUAUCCCACCCCAGGACACCCUCUUCUGGCGCAUAGACAUUGUCCCCGCCCCCAUGACUUUGAGCUACCAGGAGUGGGGGGUAGAGGGGGCAGGGCUCAGGAGGGUGGGUGGGAAGACUCACGGGCUCAGAGGUGGCACUCAGGUCCCCUGGCUCUCGGCACCCAGGCACUGCCAGGAAAGGCCCCUGCCCCCUGCCCACGUCACUGCAGCAAGGAGCGAGGAAAGCA